UUAUCAGUGUUAGUUGUGAGGCGAGCUGAUCAAGAAGUGAAACUUUAGAAAUACUUAACAAAAAGCUAGCCAGCAAUCUAAGAUCAAAGAGAAAUCAUUGAUCAUCAUAUUUCAUCACCAUAUAUGAGCUACUUUGGGGAGUCGAACAUGGCAGGAAAUCAUCACCAUCUUCAUCAUCAAGAAAGAACAUCAUCAUCUUCCUCAGCUGGAUCAGGGCCCUCAGCAAGGAAGAGCAAGAAGGGAAACACUUCAGACAAACCUAAACAGCCUCAAAGAGGGCUUGGAGUUGCUCAGUUAGAGAAGAUUAGGUUGCACUCUCAAAUGGGUUGCACUUUUCUUCCCAACCCUCUCCAUCAUCUUCCUUAUGAUUCCCACCCUUCUCAUCACCAGGUGCAGGAGGAUAUGAGAUUGCAGACUGCAGGUGGCAGUUACUCUACAUCUCCACCGUCAUUCUCGUACUCGCCAUCGUCUUCCUCGCCGUACCCUUAUCCCGCCAACCAAAGCAGCAUCAUGAUGACUGUGACCGACUUGGAAAGAGCAAAUGUGAGAUUUGGAGAUCAUUCCCACCCCAUCUCUAACGCCAACCCUAGUUGGCAUCCGGGGAUGGUCUACGAGUCACAACAUUAUGCACAACCAAACAUGACUAGACAUUUCCUCAACCAUCAUUUAGAGGGCCCGGUUGACAGGAGGGUAAAGAAAGGCCGGAGCUAUUCAACUGGGUCAAGUGACCCGAACUCCCAUUCAAAUGGUGAUUCAGAAUUAGAUUUGGAGCUUAGAUUAUCACUUUGAUGAUAAUCCUAAUUAAUUAUUUGAGUCAUUUGUAAAAAAACAAAAGGCAAUUUGGGUAAGGGCCGGGCUGACCAUAUGGAGACCAAAUCUUUGACCUUGAUCGCGGCCGGUCAACGUAUGAUGGCGUCAUGACGAAGACAACUCUACCAUUGCGUGCAUUGAAGGGAGCUCCCUUCCACUUCAGUGUUACUUGUGUAGUAUAGUUUAUAUGUUCACAUUUGCAUAUGUUUUUUUAUUUACUACAAACAUCUACAAUGCAAAUUAUGUGCAUCUUUCAAUUAUGGGAUGAUUGAUUAAGAUGUAUAUAUAGAUAUAUAUAAGAAUGAAUGAAUUCUUCUUGUUCACACUUUCUUAUUAUUUU